AUGUCGUGGCAACCCAAGCUUCGUCCCAAGGGCUUCCCACACAGCAUCGAUGAUUUCGCUGUGGCAUCACUAUCAGAGCUGGAGCAUCGCUCAAGGACAGACGAGAAACGUGAUCAACGCGUCUUUCGGGUCAAGCGCAAGCAUGUCCUGAAGGCAUGUGAUCGUUGUCGUGUAAAGAAGACGAAGGUAUGUUACGGUAUCAAUUUCAGUACAGAAAGCACAACUAAACAAUACCGCAGUGUGAUGGCAAACAGCCAUGCAAUCGAUGUUCGGUAUAUAAUCAUCCAUGUCUUUUUCGUGAGCGAAAAGCAACACAGACCAAAGUGUACUCUCGAGGAGUUGAUUAGGUUUGUGGAAAUGCUCGAAUCCCACCACUCGCUGGUUGUCAAAGCCCUACAAAAACUAUACAAAUUCUGCGUCAAUAAUGAAGGAUUUCCGGGCGAACCUCUUGCCGAAGCUCCAGACGGACAUCCCCUCACUCACGCGAUCCUCGAUCGAUUAGGUCUGAUCAAGCAAGCCGAGGAAAAUGCAGACGAGCCAGAUGAAGAUUCUGAAGAUCUAAGAUACCUUCGAUUGCUAUCCACCUCGACCGAGUGUAGCGCCACAGCAGAGCCUUCCCCAGAGCCCACAACACCCCCCGAGCUCUCGUCUGCAACACUAUCGCGUCCAUCGAUCUGCAUUCCCAUGACCACCCCUCCAAUGGGACAGAAUCCCCCAAGCUGGCAAUGGGAUAUGCAGUCCGUACAAUCAGCUAAUUACAGCUACCCAGACACAGGAUACCAAAACAUGGUCCCCAUGCCCCGUUCCUCCCUCAACUCGGUAGAUCUCAGUUCAAAUGAUAUCUCCCCACAUAAUGAAAUAUCCGCUGGGUCAGGGUCGUCAGGGUUAGGUUCUGUGUCUACGUCCGCGCCCUCAAUAUCCCAUAGUCAACAUCCAAACGACCAGGAAUUUCCCUACUAUAUGGACGGGGGUGGAAGUGCGGCUGAAGGACAAGCGGAUAUCAAAUUCGCCGUUCGAAUGCAUCCUGGGAUCAUACCUGACCAUUCCCAUCAUUCAGCUCACUUGUCUGCUGAACUACUCGGAGACUUUCACUUCCAAGCCCAAGACUCUCCCUUCUUCCCAGGAUUCACUCCUGGCUGGUCAUUUCCUUCAGGAUGA